GAAGAAUAAGGUCAUGGAAAUGAUACAACAUUUGGCUACCAAACAAGGCCAAGUGAUUAAAAUCAGGGACGUCAUUUUCGUGACGGUUUUAAACAUAUUGGGUAAUUUGCUUCGUUCGAUGGAUUUAAUUGAUUUUGUGGGCAAGGGAGUGGGUGAAGAAAUGAGGAAGAACUUGCGUAGAUUCACCGAGACGGGUGCUACCCAAGAGUUAGCAGAUAUGUAUCCUGUUUUGGGUGUAAUUUGCACUUUGAGUUUCCAAGGAACGUACAAAAAAAUCAUGGAUUUGUUCGAUAAAACUUCUGUUGUUUGGGCUGGCAUCGUUCAGGACCGAAGAAAAAAUAGUCAACUUUCUUUGAAUGCUGUAGAUUUUGUAGAUGCUUUGGUUAAAAAUGGUUUCACUGAUAAACAUAUUAAUGGAUUGCUUAUGAACUAUUUGGAGCUGGAACAGAAACAACAAUUGUUACAAGUGAAUGGAUGCUUGUGGAGCUCCUGAAAAAUCAACAAGCCCUAACAAAACUCCGGGAUGAAAUUGCAAAGUUGUAGGAGAUAAUAAGGACGUUAUAAAGGAAUCUGACUUACCAAACUUGCCUUACUUAGACGCUUGUUAUAAAGAGACAUUAAGGUUGCAUCCUUCUGGCCCAUUGCUACUACCUCAUCGUGCCGUGGAAACAUGUGAAGUCAUGGGCUACACAAUUCCGAAAGACACACAAGUUAUGAUCAACAUGUGGGCAAUUGCAAGAGAUCCUGAGGUUUGGGACGAUCCUUUGAGCUUCAAACCUAAGAGAUUUAUGAACUCUAAGAUGGACUAUAAAGGGCGAGAUUUUGAGCAGAAGCGGAUCCAUGAUUUAAAUUUUAUGGGUUCAAUCUUUUAAGAUUUAGCUUGAAUCCAUUAUGUUUUAAAAGAUAUGGGUUCAUGCCUACUAUUUAUUGUAAUUUUACUAACUUUUUACACACAAAUUUAUACUUUGCAUCGAAAGUUAGGGAUUCAAUUGAACCCCCAUAUAGAAUGCUACAUCCGCCACUGAU